AUGGUAUCUCCAGCUGUUCGUGUGGCUCCUUCGGCCGCCAACAGAGCUUCCAAUCUGCUACGCACCAUCCAGUACACUCAUCCUCCUUCCUGUCCCUGCCACUCAAAUCCCAACCACCAUCAUCACCACCGCACUCCUACCCUGGCAAACCAUGUUCGCCGUCAUAUGGCCACCCCGAUCGACCCUUCGCGUGAGAAGGAGUAUGCCUUUGAAAUGGCGGCCUCCAGCAUCCGUUUCGGCCCCGGCGCAACCAAGGAGGUCGGUAUGGAUUUCAAGAAUAUGAAGGUGAACAGGGUGUGCAUCGUUACCGAUCAGAAUGUUGCGAAAUUGGAUGCUAUGAAGCAGGCUGUUGAAGGGUUGAGUCGUGAGGGUAUCGAGUUUACUGUUUUUGAUAAGACGAGGGUUGAGCCUAAGGAUAGCUCUGUCAAGGAGGCUAUUGCUUUCGCUAAGCCGUAUAACCCCGACGCUUUUCUUGCUGUGGGUGGCGGUUCCGUGAUUGACACCGCGAAGCUCAUGAACCUCUACACCGUCUACCCCGAAGCGGAUUUCCUCGACUUCGUCAACGCCCCCCUAGGCAAGGGUCUUCCAGUCGCCAAACAACUGAAGCCACUCGUAGCCGUGCCCACCACCGCAGGCACCGGCUCCGAGACAACCGGAACCGCCAUCUUCGACCUGGUGUCCAAAAAGGCCAAAACAGGCAUCGCUCACCGCAACCUAAAGCCAACCCUGGGCAUCUGCGAUCCCAUCAACACCCGCACCAUGCCGUCCGCCGUCCAUGCCGCCUCGGGCCUGGACGUCCUCUGCCACGCAUUGGAAUCAUACACCGCAAUCCCCUACAACGAGCGCACCCCCCGUCCCACAAACCCCAUCAACCGUCCCGCCUACCAAGGCGCAAACCCCAUCUCAGACAUCUUCUCCCUGCAAGCUCUCCGCAGCACAGUCCAGUAUCUGCCCCGUGCCGUGAAAGACCCCGAUGACUUCGAAGCGCAAUCCCAGAUGCUCCUCGCCGCUACCCUAGCCGGUGUCGGUUUCGGUAACGCCGGUGUCCACCUCUGCCACGGAAUGAGUUACCCCAUCUCCAGCCAGAACCCGGGCUACAAACAUGGCGGCUACGCUGUCCCCCAUCCCAUCAUUCCCCACGGUGUCUCGGUGGCCGUCACUGCCCCUGCCGUCUUCCGCUUCACGGCUGCAUCGAACCCCGAUCGCCAUCUUGCUGCUGCCGAGGCAUUCGGUGUUGAUAUCUCGAACGUGAAGCGCGAGAAUGCCGGUGACGUGCUCGGUGAGGCUAUUGCUGACUUCCUCGUUAAGCUCGGUGACCAGCCACGCGGUCUGAAAGACCUCGGCUUCAAGGCCUCCGACGUCGAGGCCUUGGUCGAGGGUACCAUCCCACAAAAGCGAGUGUUGAUGCUCGCACCUAACCUGAACGAGGAACUCGAGGCUGAGAAGACAGAACUCCGUGGUCUGCUUGAACGGUCUCUAUCAUAUUAG